AUGUUGAUUCCCAAGGCCGACCGCAAGAAGAUCCACGAGUACCUCUUUCGCGAGGGUGUCCUCGUGGCCCAGAAGGACUUCAACCUUCCCAAGCACCCCGACAUCGACACCAAGAACCUGUUCGUCAUCAAGGCUUGCCAGUCUCUCAACUCCCGCGGCUAUGUCAAGACCCAGUUCUCUUGGCAGUACUACUACUACACCUUGACCCCCGAGGGCCUCGACUACCUGCGCGAAUGGCUUCACCUGCCCGCCGAGAUUGUGCCCGCCACCCACAUCAAGCAGCAGCGAUCGCACGCCCCUCCCCGCGGCAUGCUCGGUGAGGAAGAGCGCCAGCGACGACCAUUCGGCCGUGGCCGUGGCGGUGACCGUGGUGACCGUGAGGGUGGAUACCGACGACGUGAUGCUGGUGAGGGCAAGGAGGGCGGUGCUCCUGGUGAAUUCGCUCCUCAAUUCCGUGGUGGUGCCGGUCGUGGCCGAGCUGCUCCCCCCUCUUAA